AGGCUUGUUGUUCAUUUUGGGGCAGCUGGCUGAGACAGCAGGACGGAUCUGAGAUGAAGACUCUGGUGCUGGUUUGUCUGUGUUUGGUCCUGCUGACCAUCUUUACAGAUGCUUCGCCCAUUCUGGAGGAAAAGGAAGCAAAACAGCUGCUUCGUAGGAAGCGCCAGGACCGACCCAGGAAAGCUGGCCACCCAGAUGAACCAAUGAGGGAGUACUUACUGCACCAGCAGAGGCUGGAGCAGAGAUCCGAGGAGACAUUCCUGGAGCACUGGCUGAACCCCCACUGCUUCCCUCACUGUAAUAGGAACCUAGUGCACCCUGUGUAGAGAGAGGAUCAGACAAAGCGCUGAGGGAGAUGAUCUGGGAAGGAGGACCUGCUCAUGCAAUAAAAGCAGCUUUCAUGCUCAAUUACCUUUUAAAAAUGCCAAUUGCUGUGAAACAGUGCAGCCUUCUUUGCAACAAGCCUGUAAUGCUGUUAUAAAAAGCAAUCCAUAGCCUGCUUAUGUAAUCGGAAUCUGAGAUUUGAAGGUGCUUGAAGUGUAGCACCUCAAGCAUGCUGCCUUUUGUAUACUAUUUGAAUGCUGUUAUAUAUUAAAUGCUUGAGCACAUUUUUAAGCAAGUAACUUGCUAUUUAUUUAUUUUUGUUGGCAAUGCUGAAUCGUUUCAUGGCAACUGUUUCCUGUAACUCAGAUUAUCUGCUCCAGAACCUCUGGUGAUUGAACUAAAUUUGAAUCAAAAUCCUUUGCAUGAAAAUAAAACAUGAUGUCUGUUGAUUCA